AAGGGUUUGAACUAUGCUUCGCAGUAUGCCAGUUUGUAUUUUGUUCGUUUGAAUUUACUUCGUCCUAGAGUUCUUGCUGCUGCUCAAAAACGAUGGUCUACUGUUUCAUGUAAGCAAUCUGAUUCUUUACCUCAGCAUGUGCCUCGUGUCGUGGAUGUUCAAACUGGAGUGUUGUGCUACAUUAUCGGAACUGUCUUUCUAGAUAUGUCCGAAAAACCAAAUAUUUUGGACGAAGUGUCUAGAGAGGAAUGGACUGCUUUACCGACUCCAAAAAACAAGUACGUUAGCGAAAAAGAUGCUGUUUUACUUGAAGAUGAAUCUGGCCGGAUCGUUUUGACUGGAGAUAUAAUAAAAACUACCGUGUUUAUGACGGGAGUGAUUGCUGCUUUGCUUGGAUCUGAAAAUCAAGAAGGCGAAUUUCAGGUUUUGGAUGUAUGCUAUGCUGCUUUUGAUCCACAACCUCCGCUACCCAUCUCGACUGAUUCAGGUAUAAAUGGGUGCAAUAUAUAUCAUCCGUGGAUUGCGCUUGUGAGUGGUCUUAAUUUCGAAGGGGAUGGGCAAUACGAUAUGCGAUACGAACUCCUUCGAGAUUUUCUCACAGGAGAGUCUGGUACGUUUCAAGAUCAGUUGAAAAUCAGCCAUAUUUCUCGUCUUGUCAUCUGUGGUAAUACCAUGGCGCAGCUUCACGUCAGUGCCGAAACACUUCAAAAAGCAAAAUUGAAAUUUCAUGGUCCAGAUCCAAAUGAGUACAAUGAAUGGGUAGUGGAUACAGUAGAUCAGUUUUUGGUUUCAGUGGGUCAAUCCAUGCCUGUAGAUGUGGUACCUGGAGCUACUGACCCCACGACGAGUUUUUUACCCCAACAGCCCAUUCAUUCGUCAAUCUUUCACUCGGCAUGCAAUUUGACAAGUCUAAGCAUGGUGACAAAUCCCUAUACUGCUACAGUUGGAGGCACAAGGCAAUCUCUUGACGACAUGUACAAAAUGACAAACGUUGCAGAGGGCGUAGAUCUAGCAUCUGAAGUGUUGAAAUGGGGCCAUGUAGCACCCACGGCACCUGACACGCUUCCCUGCUAUCCGUUUUCUCAAAACGAUCCAAUGGUGAUCACUGUCCGACCCCAUCUAUACAUUAUUGGCAACCAAACUAAAUUUGAUACCAAAGUGAUUGAGUUAUGUGGAGAUGGCGAACCGACUUUGGAAACUACUCGGGUGAUUCUUGUACCUUCAUUUUCAAACACUGGUACUGUGGUACUGGUGAAUCUUGCCACGCUGGAUUAUAAAACUGUCGAGUUUGGGACCUGCAUUUAA